UAUCAAGUGGGAUUGUCACAAAGCCUUCGAAUUUGCAUCUCCCAACUCAUUAUUUGAUGAGCUCAAUCCAAUACUCCACCUCACACUUGCAAAGAUGUACUACUUCUAGUAAUUAUAACUCGAGUUUCAAGACGAUCACGAGCUCGAAAAGAAUCGAACAAUAUCCACCCGUCUCGAAAGCGGUGAAGCUCCGAGACGCGUGGACGGAGUUCCAGGGGAUCAAGGACUGGGACGGCCUGCUCGAUCCCCUGGAUGACCGCCUGCGCAGCGAGAUCCUUCGGUACGGGAAGUUCGUCGAAGCGGCGUACUGCUGCUUCGACUUCGACACGUCGUCCCUCGGGUACGCCACGUGCAGGUACCCGAGGGAGUCCAUGCUAUCGGAGUGCGACCUCGCCACGUCGGGGUAUAAGGUGACGAGGAAUUUGCAUGCCACGUGCGGGGCCGCCCGCCUGCCGGCAUGGACGGAGGACCGAGUCCCACGAUGGGCCGCGACCCGGUCCGCCUGGGUCGGGUACGUGGCGGUCUGCACCGACAAGUGCGAGAUCGCCAGGCUGGGCCGGCGGGACGUGGUGGUGGCGUACCGCGGCACAGCCACGUGCGCGGAGUGGCUCGAGAAUAUGCGCGUGGCGCUGACGAGGCUGCCCGACGACAUGGCGCACGGCGAUCGGGAGUCGAUGGUGCAGAGCGGGUUCCUGAGCAUGUACACGGCGCGUGAGGGCACGCGCCGGAGCCUGCAGGAUUCCAUAAGGGAGGAGAUUGGGAAGAUACUGGAAAAGUACGCCGACGAGCCAAUCAGCAUCACGGUGACGGGGCACAGCCUCGGGGCGGCGCUGGCGGCGCUGACGGCGUACGACAUCGCCGGAGAAUUCAAACACGCGCCGCUAGUGACGGUGUUAUCGUUCGGAGGGCCGAGAAUCGGAAACAAAAACUUCCGGAGCCAGCUGGAGAAGAUUGGGACGAAAGUGCUGAGAAUUGUGAACUCCGACGAUCCUAUAACUAAGGUGCCGGGUUUUGUGAUCAACGAGGAAGAAUGCAGGCGGAGUAAGGGAGGAGAAGAGAAGAAGGCGGCGGCGGCGGCGGCGGAGGGAAUGUGGAACUGGGUGCAGAAGAGGGUGGAGGAGACGCAGUGGGUGUACGCGGAGAUAGGGAAAGAGCUGAGGCUGAGCAGUAGGGAUUGCCCGCACCUCAGCAACGGAGGAGUUGCCACGUGUCACGAUCUGAAGACGUAUCUGCAAUUGGUGGAUAGUUUUGUGAGCUCGAAUUGUCCGCUGAGAGCUACGGCGAAGAAGGUUCUCAGUAGAGCUCAUCAUCAGCAGCAAGACAAGCAGCAGGAGAUUCUCUGUGGAUAA